CUUUCAGUUUCAUACUACCAGAUAAUGCACUCUCUGAACCUUCCCUCAAACACCCGCCCACCACCCUCCCACAACCCACACACACACACAACGAUGAUGAUAUUGAGCUGUCAGUACGAGAUGAAGGUGAUGAAUGGUGGAGUAUCAAUCGUAGGCUUGCAGCAGACGCAGUGGCGGCCACUCCCAACACUAGCAGCUCUGAGGGCACUGACCAGGGCAGUCAGACAAACACCUUUCAAUGCUCAUAUCUUGGAAUGCAUAGCUUCACCAUUGGCUCGAGGGAACCACAGUCAAUAGAACAGAACACAACAGAACAGCAACUACAGGAAGAUGUUGUAUUGGAAGAAAAUAGCCAUUCAAAAAGCAGCCAAGAGCAAGGACACUCUGUGAGCGUUGGUGGGAGUAGCCACAUGCCUGCAGUGUACCUUGGCAUGAACAGUUACAUCCUGACCAAGGAGGAAGAGCUGGAGGAACCAGAAUGCAAUGAUGAUAAAACCACUCAAAGUCAUGAGGAGUCAAUUAAUUACAGUAGCUACAAUGCUGUUUAUCUGGGAAUGACAUGCCAUUAAUUGUUCUGUUUUUGGAUUUACUGUGUCUCAAUAGCUGCAUUGUUACUAUUGUAUUGUUGAUGUGUACAACACCUUGUUUCUAUCUCUACCACAAUGUUAUGUCAAGAGGAACUCUUGGUCAUGUGCAAACACAAACCCUGGGACUUCCCCGAUCCCUAACUCGCUAGCUAUAUAGCUGCUUCUAUCUAUGCUGCCACGAACAGUCAACUACUAGCCUAGGCUAACCUGAACACUCCUUUGGCAGUUGAUACAUCAAAACAACAGGGAUUCGGAACUGCUCUCGCAUUUUUGUAAGAGUCAGCUAUCCUGCCUUCUACCAAAACAUGGCUUCUAAGCCAGCUCCUGGAAGCAGCUACCAAUCUAUUGAAUACCAAACGAUGGUCAAGUGUGCUUCUUCAAAUUUAAAUUGCAUUAAAUCAUCACCAAACACCAUUGGAACAGCAAUGUUCGGAGAAGGCUACAUCUCCGAGUAUGUCAGAGAUAUUGUUGGUUCUACGAGUGUAUCCGGAGUCGACAAAGCACAACAGCUUCUGAAUACCAUAACCGAUCGUGUAAAAACCGAUCCCCUUGCUUACAAUGGCUUUGUUGAGAUCAUCAGAAAUGAAGGUACAUGGGCAUGUUGUUAUUUGGAGCAACUUCAGAAAGUCUAUGAGGAGCUUAGCCUUGAAGCACAACAAAUUGAGGAACAGUGCUUGAGUGAUUCUGAUAAUUCCUUUCAUUCCCUCCCUGACGAGUUAUCUUCUCUCAACAUAGGUGCAGAUGUUACCUCACAAGGAUUCAUUUGUCCUUAUUGUAAAAAGUGCUCUCCCGAAUCUUCUUUUGAAAAUGAUUGCCCACAUGCUGAAGAGACAGAGAAGCUAGAGUGCAAAGCUUUCUUCCCAUUUUUAGAUUGCUCUAAAAUUGAUCCUGAAGAUAAGAAAGAUCUAGAAUGGCACCUUCUUCAAGAUUAUCGAAAGAUUCUAAAGUCUUACGCUCGCCUGGAAAAUUCACUAAUCAACUCUCUUGAAUCUCGUGAAGUGAACAUUGAAAAACUUGACAACUUUGUUUGGAAUCUCGUAGAGCCACCUCAAACACAGCAGCAGAAAAAAGUCGAAAAAGCUGAAACGGUGACAGCAAUAUUUAUACGUGUACGUCCUCACAAAUCGUUCUUCAAUUAUGAUAUUGUAGAAGAAGUUUCAAAAGAGUUCGGGACACCUGCCGAUAAGAAAUUAGUUGCCGAGUAUGUAGCUGCCUUGAAUGAAUACUGUAAACGCAGUGUGUUUGAAGUUCCUCCUGUCUUUAUUCAUAAUGCCUCCGAAAGGAAUGAUUGCAAACAGUUUGCUUUUAAAUACACUCCAGGAAACCCUGUUACACUGGGAGACGUUCAGAUUAUACGUAGAAAAAUUGCUUCUAUUCUUGGGAUUAAUGUGAGACUGUUGAAGCUUUGUUCUAUCGAAAAAGGGUGUGUAAAAAUGGUCUUCCUUGUGCCCGAGUUUGUUCUUGAAAUUAUUAACUCCAUUUCUGUGAAACAGAGAUCUGCACUUACAAAUCUCUGCAUCAAAAUUGUGCCAGUAAUUGACAGCCGUCAACCACACUCAGAUGCUAUCACAGUUUCUGAUAAAGAAGUUGAAUCUCCAAAAGCUGACAAAAAAGGUUUAGCCUCCUUCACUGGCCUCCUCUUCGAGAAAGUGCGGUCUAGGAUCGAGGCUAUUGCAGGCGAUGCUGAACAACUCAAGGUGCUGUUACGCAGCGAUUAUUCUGAGUCUGCCUAUGGCCAGGAUGGAAUAAACAUAGACAUGAUUAAGCCAGAUUUGUCGUUGAGGGUGGGUUGUGCCAUGCAACCUACCAUCCCCGAACCAGAAGGUUAUAUUGACUCUGAGCAGCCAAAACCAAAGCCUGUUCUCCCAAAUGAAACUGGAGAAAGUAUGGUCGAAUUCAUAUACAGACGAACCAAAGACAAUUAUGUUCGAUUGACAAGUGACAUCCGUAGGCUAAACCCUCACCAUGUAGCGGUGUACCUGUUUCAGAAUAACCUGAUUGGCAUGGAGGAACUCAACUAUUCGGCUAACCUAUACCGUGAAGAUAGUGUCAAAGCAACUCGAUUAGCCAAUGUAAUCUUCACCUGCGACCUCCCUCACCAGUUCCAGGCUGUCCUGACGGCAUUCGAAGAAGCUGGAGUUGAGACUGUGACAGAGAUUGCAGCUGAAGCGAGAGAUCUUUAUCCUGAUGCCUUCCUUCCUUCCUCUGAUCCAGAGACUCCACUGAGUCAACAGAAUAAAAACUUAGAGUUUGAUCAACUUAAAGAAAAGAUAACGCAAGUGUCAGCUGAUGGAGGUGGUGGUCCCACAGCAGCUAUAGCAUACAUUAACGAGCUGGUUCAUCCAAAGGAGAGGGAGUUGCUGCUUCACAAGGCCAGUCAUGGCACCACUGACUUGAAUACCUUCAACAUUGUGCUCCUGUCUACAGAGGCAGCAUUGAUCAACUUUUCAGAUGAGAGAGUCAACCAGAGGACCCCACUCCAUGUUGCUUGUGCGUGUCUGCCUGAUACUCGAGACGACAUUAAGACUAAGCAACAGUUGUCAAAAAUCGACAGCUUAUUGAAGCAUGAAGCUAAAGCUACACUGCAAGACAUUGAUGGCAACACCCCCCUACACUUGGCUGCACUACGCGGUAAUGCCAAAGCAGUGUCAUUGAUUUUGACGCUUGAUCCAGACUCCAGGAACAUAGCAAACCAUCUUGGUAACACAGCAUUACAUAUAGCAAGUAAGAAAAACUUCUUGGAAGUGGCCCGAGCUCUGUGUGCGCACAAGGUGGAUGCUUGUCUAUCCAACAAGACGAAGAAAUCACGUACUCCUUUGCAUCAAGCUGCGUCCAAUGGCCAUUUGAAGAUGGCAAACAUGAUCCUGGAGUAUGAACCCAGUUCAGCAGUGUGUGUUGACAAGAAAAACAUGAGCCCUCUGCUACUGGCUGCUAAGUGUCGCAAGGUGAACAUUGUUGAGCGGCUGGUCAAGAAAUCUCUGUGUCCAGUUUUUGUAAUUGAUAAUGAGGGGAGGACCCCUCUCCACUUUGCCUGUGCCUGGGGUAGCUACGAACUUGUUGAGCUUCUCUUGAAAGCAAACAGCUCGAGAAAUUUCGUCAACCACAAGGACAACAAGGGAGAUACUGCAUUGCAUAUAGCCGGUCAUCAUGGUGAUACCAAGGUCUGGAAACUUCUGUGCUCUAAGAAUGCCUCCAAAAAAGCAGUCAAUGAUUUUGAUGAGACACCUAAGGAGGUAGCAGCCAAUGCUGGUCAUCACUCUCUUCCUUAUAGAGGACGAAUAAUUAAAAAAGUUACAAGGAAGAUUCAGAAGAAGAUAUCAAAGCAGCCUACCCUAAGCUCCUCUCAGUCGUGUGUGUCCCUCAGGUCUACUGCCAGUGCCCUGUCAUUCCAGUCCACCAUCUCUGCCAACAACUACCUACAAACUACCGAAGAAAGCGACCUCGAUGAAACUGUGUGAACUGUUUAUUUAUUAUUAUUUCUCGUCUGAUGUUUUUAUGUCUUUGUACUCGAGUACUCAUGCUAUAUAUGCAACCAAUGCAUCUAUAUAUUUUUACCUAGAUGUUUUGAUGUGGACAUAAUACAUGUAAUGUUAUUAUCUGGAAUAAUUAUUGUAAAUUA